ACGUAUCCUAAUAUGAUGGAGUUUUUUGAGAAUCUUGGAGUAGAUAUGGAAUUAUCANACAUGUCUUUUUCUGUUAGCCUAGNAAAAGGUCGUGGCUGCGAAUGGGGAAGUAGAAAUGGUUUGUCCAGCUUGUUUGCACAAAAGAGGAAUGUACUGAAUCCUUACUUCUGGCAAAUGAUCAAGGAAAUUGUCAAGUUCAAAGAUCAUGUCAUUAGCUAUCUUGAUAUGCUUGAGAAUAACCCAGAUAUUGACCGCAAUGAGCCUCUGGAGGAAUUCAUCAAGUCAAGGGGUUACUCAGAAUUAUUUCAGAAAGCCUAUCUUAUUCCAAUUUGUUCUUCUAUCUGGUCCUGCGCUUNUGAAGGAGUUAUGAGCUUCUCUGCUUUCUCAGUGCUUUCGUUCUGUCGCAACCACCAUCUACUUCAGCUCUUUGGCAGACCACAGUGGCUAACUGUAAGAUGGCGCUCACAAAAUUAUGUAGAGAAGGUCGAAGAAGAGCUUGAAAGGGAAGGUAAUCACAUGAUAACUAACCGUGAGGUUCACUUGGUUUCGACAACUGAAAAAGGAUGUGUUGUGUACUGCAAAGAUGGUUCUGUAGAAGUGUUUGAUGGAUGCAUAUUGGCAGUGCAUGCACCUGAUGCCUUGAGAUUAUUAGGAGAUGAAGCAACAUAUGAUGAGCGAAGAAUUCUUGGUGCUUUUCAAUAUGCUUACAGUGUAGUGGUCGAUCCUUCCAAUCUUUCUGAUGGUCUUCAUUAUUUUGAGGUCUAUGGUAUUGAUUGCAAAGCUCCAUGGCGAGGUCCUCUUUUCAGAAUUCCAAUCACCAUAACAAAGCCUAAGGCUGUAACUAACAUGCCUCAACAAAUUUCUUUUUCAAAGAUGUUAUUCCAGCCAGGCCAUAUAGAAAGAAGAUACAUCGAAGUUCCGCAUGGUGCAACUUGGGCUGAAGCAACNAUGAAAACCUCAGAUUUCGACACANCAAGAAGAUUUUAUGUGGAUGCUGUUCAGGUAUGA